AUGGUGCCCAGAGCUGGACACUGGGGCUGCCUUGUGUUGGAAGUGACAGCUGCCCUGAUCCAGCUCAUCCCCUCUGCUCCAGUGGCCCUUCUUCCUGUCCUGGUCUCUCACGUAGCCACACCUAUCCCAGGUUGCUGUGGAUCCCUGAUUACUGGGGGCCAUGAAGUGACACCACAUUCCCGGCCCUACAUGGUCUCUGUGAGCUUCGAGGGCCGUCACCACUGCGGAGGCUUUCUGCUCCAUGUGCACUGGGUGGUGUCAGCUGCACACUGCUUCAAUGACAGGGAUCCCUCCACUGGCCUGCUGGUGCUUGGGGCCCAUGCACUGCUCAAGCCAGAGCCCACUCGACAGGUAUUCAGUAUUGCAGCUGUUGUCCGGCAUCCCAGUUACCAGCCUACCACACAGGCCAAUGACAUCUGCCUAUUAAGGCUGAAUGGCUCAGCUGUCUUGGGCCCUGCUGUGCAGGUAUUGGGAUUGCCACGGAGAGGUGCCAGGCCACCCUUGGCCGGGAGGCGUUGCCGUGUAUCCGGCUGGGGCUUUGUGUCUGACUUUGAGGAGCCUCCACCAGGGCUGAUGGAAGCUGAGGUACAAGUACUGGACCUGAAUGUCUGCAACAGCUCCUGGCAGGGCCAGCUGAGUCCUGCCACGCUCUGCACCCGCAGUGGGGACCACAAGUGGCGUGGUUUCUGUUCGGCAGACUCUGGGGGACCCUUGGUAUGUGGGAGCCGGGCCCACGGCCUUGUCUCCUUCUCAGGCCUUUGGUGUGGUGACCCUAAGACCCCAGAUGUCUACACUCAAGUGUCCGCAUUUGUGGCCUGGAUGUGGGAUGUGGUUUGGAGAAGUUCUUUCCCUGGUUCUUCGGGAUGCUCAGUGAGCAAUGUUACAAUCUCAGCCCCCUACUGGGGCAGAGAUGAAUGACAGUCUGUGCCCAUUGGCUCAAAUCUGGAGUAUCCCAUGGCUUGGCUGGAGAACCCUGAGAACUUGGGGCUUGGGCUGCAGGCAUACAUAGUAAAUAAACAGUGGUACUGAAGAUACAUAGCUUAUGGCUUAAUGUGUGGUUAGUAAUGGGACC